AUGGGCGACCACAACUUGACUCGCCCCCAAUAUGAGGCUCUCACAAAGGCAUUCGAACCACUUUGUCCGGGAUGCUUGGACAUGGACCCAUCAAUAUUCGACUGGAGAGCAGUGAGAUGGGCAACAUCUUAUCCAAAUCUUGAUCCGCGGAAGAUCAUUACUGGGGCCGAUAACCAGUGUUCGUCAUGCAUGAUCAUAAAGGCAGCAUUUGAAAGUGUUGGACUCGAUUUACACAUAAUGCAUGAUACGCAACAUCUUUCGCUCCACCACAAGGAAGAACAAGGCAGCCUGUUUGCGUUAGCUGUACUUGGGGAAAGACGCGUCGUCGUCGUCGAGCUGUACACCGUUCCUAGCAACCCAUUUUCACCAUGGACCAUAAUUACUUGCAAAACACAGACGUCGGGGGACACGGCCUCAGAAGUUAGUUCUCACCUUAUUCAGCAGUGGAUCAACAACUGCAAAACUAGCCACAAACUAUGCUCUAAUCAAAACAGCGUAGCACUACCUACUCGAGUUCUUGAUCUUGGAACAUCAAACGACUCUAUCAGGCUGCUUGAAACUGGUGGCAUGUCCGGAACCUACAUCUGCCUCAGUCACUGCUGGGGGCAAUCAUCAACCAUCUUGUGUACUAGAGGAACGUAUAACAGCUAUCAGAACAAUAUUCCGUGGGCUACUCUGCCGCUUCUGUUUCAAAAUGCUAUAGAGAUCUGCCGCAUGCUUGGAUUCCAAUAUUUAUGGAUUGACAAACUUUGUAUAAUCCAACACGACGAAAAUGACUGGGCAAGAGAAGGAUCGAGAAUGGCGCAAACCUUUGAAGGUUCAUUCCUCACAAUCGCGGCAGCUAUUUCAAAAGACGAUACGGAAUCGUUGUUUUUCGAAGAUAAAAGGCAUUCUCCCAGCUUGGAAAGCUAUGCCGGUCGAACAAAAGAUGGGUCAUCGUAUACCAUCUACUCUAGGAUACCUUUUGAUUACCAUCCGGCCGAUAAUAGUAACUGUAAACCUAAUCGUGAAAAGUAUCCACUUCUGACACGGGCUUGGGUUUAUCAAGAGAGGUUACUAGCACCGCGCACGUUAUAUUUUGGGGAAGAGCUAAGCUGGAGAUGUAGAGAAGCAUCGGCCUGUGAGUGUUCGGGAGGCAACCACCGCAUAGAACAUAAACACUGGCUGUCCGUUCUACCAGGCCAUUCAAUUGAGAACCUUCAUUUGCAAUGGCAGAACAUGGUUGAAGAGUUCACAAAACUCCAGCUGAGUUUCGAAGAAGAUCGUUUGCCAGCCUUCUCUGGGCUCGCACAGCAGUACCAACCACGUCUAGAGAGUGAAUACUUGGCUGGUCUAUGGAGAGAGAAUCUGGUAGCUCACCUGAUGUGGUUUGCUUAUCCCGAUUAUGGCAUUGAGGCAGAAUCAUACUCUACAAACAGGCCAAGCAAGUGGCGUGCCCCUUCUUGGUCUUGGGCAUCAGUUGAGGGCCCGAUAUUGUUUUCAAAAGAUUACCAUAUUUCUGAAGCAGAACCAUGUGCAGAGAAUGUCACCUGUUUAGCUGAGAUCACGGAUGUCACGUCUUUGGUUGAAAUUAUCUCUGCCGAGUGUUCGGUAUCUUCCUUUGACCCGAUGGGUAUAGUCACAAUGGGGCGAUUAGUCGUCAAGGGCAGCGGUCGGCCAGCUUGCUUAAAGCACAGAGAGAGUUGUGAUGGAUCUGAUACACGGCACUUCACAGUCAAGCAUACAGGCAUGAGCUCUAUUUACAUCCGUUCGAAUUUCUCUGUUGAUGGGCAUGAAGCCAACGUGGAUUAUGACCUUAUUAAACAUGGAUUAAUGAAGUCGAAUUCUGACAUGAGCGUAUAUUGCUUAUGUCUAGCCGGUAUGUCUUUCACACAGCGUACAUUCCUUCUAGGUCAGGGAGAUUAUAGUUUACGCCCAGUUUACAGGACAUGGAGCCUCUUGCUACACGAUGUGGGUGGUAAAGAUUUCGAGCGGAUAGGGUUUCUAGUAUCUGACCAUAAUGACAAUGGCUAUCACUUUCGGAACAGCUUGCAUCAAUGUACGAUCACAAUUAUAUAA